AUGCUGCGCGUAGAGGGGCUCAAACGAGCUUAUGCCCGCAAGUCUGAAGAGGUAAGGAGAAGCAAACGGGCUGUUGAUGACGCCCAUAAUGUUGCUGACUACUCUUUGUACAUGCAUGGCUUAGAAUCUAAAUCUAUACGCAUGGAACAGGCGGAGAAGGCCAAGGCCCUCCAACAGCAGAUUGAUCAGCUGAAAAACCAAGUUGACCAACUGCAGGCGUCCCUGGAAGAUGCCAAUAAAAAGUUGGAGGAACAGAAAGAGCCCCUCCAACGGCUGAGCAAGGCGGAGACUGAAAAUGGCCGCCUUGCCAAAGAGAAUGAGCGCCUGCGCAAAGAGGCGGCUGCUGCCAAUGAGAACUUCAAGGCCACCUUGGAGUCGGAGCAGGAGAGGCUCAUUGAAGAGAAUGAGCAUGACUGUGCUAUGCUGCGCGUGAGCAGUCUCAAAGGGCCACUCAAUGAGAAGACUAGGGAGGUAAAGGCAGCGAAUGUUCGGGCCGCCUCUACUCUGGACAAAGCUCAGUUUGAGAUUGCUCAAAAUGAAAUUUUGACACUUGAUAUGUUGUAUUCCCAAGCGUCAACAAAUCUACAAAACCAGCAGAACUUGGACGCAGCAAAGCAACGGGUGCAGGAGUUCCAAGAGAAGGUCAAGGGACUUAAGGAGAAGCUGGAGACUCUCAAGGAGGCGGAAUCCAAGGCGUCCAACCUAGGGGAGACGGUCAAGAGACUCCGAGGGUGGCUGUGCAACCAGGAGACCCAACUCCGGACCAAGUAUAGGUCCUUGAUGGAGGAGGAGAAACAGGACUUGGUUAAACAAGUGAUGGACGAUAAUGAGGUCGUCAUGCGUGCGUCCUAG